UAAUAUUUUUUAUUUGGUUCGUCUGCGUCUGCGCUGCGUGGGCAUUUUUAUCCGGAGUAGCAAAUCUGUUUGGCGACGGUAGCCGCCCGUAAUUCAAUUCCGGAAGAGAUGGAUUCUUGUCUUCGUCUUUGUUUUCGUCGGGGAUCGCUUCCUCCUCUGCCUUCAAUCAUCCUCAUGAUUUCCACUUUUUUACUGUUCUUGGCUUCUGCAUCUGCUGGAUCUCCCUCUGGAAUUGGUAAAAGCAGCAAGUCAUCAGUCUUCUCUUUAUUUAACCUUAAAGAGAAGAGUAGGUUUUGGAGUGAGGCUGUCAUACGUGGUGAUUUUGAUGAUUUGGAAUCUUCCAGUCCCAGAAAAAAGGGUGUUGCCAACUUCACUAAUGCAGGGAAUAUUGCAAAUUAUCUCAAGCUUCUGGAAGUUGAUUCUAUGUACCUCCCUGUCCCUGUGAAUUUCAUUUUUAUUGGAUUUGAUGGGAAAGGAAAUCAAGGUUUCAAGCUUCACCCUGAGGAACUUGAGCGGUGGUUUACAAAAAUUGAUCAUAUCUUUGAACAUACACGGGUUCCCCAAAUUGGAGAAGUCCUCACUCCGUUUUACAGGAUUAGUGUUGAUAAAGAACAACGACACCAUCUUCCCAUUGUCAGUCACAUAAACUACAAUUUUUCUGUUCAUGCAAUACAAAUGGGUGAAAAGGUUACUUCAAUAUUUGAGAAAGCCAUAGAUGUUUUCUCUCGUCAGGAUGAUGCAUAUGGUAACAGGGAUGGCAGUGGUGUUUUGUGGCAAGUAGAUGUGGACAUGAUGGAUGUUCUUUUCACUAGCCUUGUUGGAUAUCUUGAACUUGAAAAUGCAUAUAAUGUUUUCAUCUUGAAUCCCAAGCAUGACUCAAAAAAAGCUAAAUAUGGUUACCGGAGAGGUUUAUCGGAGUCAGAGAUAAAAUUUCUCAAAGAGAACAAGAAUUUGCAAACCAAGAUUCUUCAGUCGGGAAGCAUUCCGGAAACUGUUCUUGCUCUUGAUAAGAUAAAGAGACCUUUGUACGAGAAGCAUCCAAUGGCAAAGUUUGCGUGGUCUGUAACUGAAGACACUGAUACAGUGGAAUGGUACAAUGCAUGCCAAGAGGCAUUGAAUAAUGUGGCAAAGUUGUAUCAAGGAAAGGAAACUGCGGAAAUCGUGCAGAACAAAGUUUUACAGUUAUUGAAAGGGAAGAAUGAAGAUAUGAAGCUUCUUUUCAGUAAGGAACUAAAAUCUGGAGAUGCGAAUGUUCUUCAUGGUGAAUGUCUUACAGAUACAUGGAUUGGAAAGGAGAGGUGGGCUUUUAUUGAUUUAAGUGCAGGUCCUUUCUCGUGGGGACCAGCUGUUGGUGGGGAAGGUGUUCGGACAGAACUAAGUUCUCCCAAUGUGCAAAAAACGAUUGGUGCAGUUUCAGAAAUUUCAGAAGAUGAAGCAGAAGAUCGCUUACAAGAUGCUAUUCAGGAAAAAUUUGCUGUAUUUGGUGAUAAAGAUCAUCAGGCCAUUGAUAUUCUUCUUGCGGAGAUUGAUAUAUACGAGCUUUUUGCUUUCAAACACUGCAAAGGCAGGAAAGUAAAGCUUGCUCUGUGUGAAGAACUUGAUGAGAGAAUGAGGGACUUGAAAAAUGAGCUCCAAUCAUUUGAAGGUGAAGAAUAUGACGAAAGUCAUAAGAGAAAGGCAAUAGAGGCAUUAAAGAGAAUGGAGAAUUGGAAUUUAUUCAGUGAUACUCAUGAGGAGUUUCAAAAUUACACAGUUGCACGUGAUACUUUUCUUUCACAUUUAGGUGCAACUUUGUGGGGGUCUAUGAGACACAUCAUAUCACCUUCCAUCGCAGAUGGUGCAUUUCAUUAUUAUGAUGAGAUAUCAUUUCAGUUAUUUUUCAUCACACAGGAGAAAGUUGGACACAUUAAACAGUUGCCUGUGGACCUCAAGGCUCUUAUGGAUGGACUUUCCUCUUUGUUGUUACCCUCUCAAAAACCUGCUUUCAGUCAGCACUUGUUACCACUUUCAGAAGAUCCUGCUUUGGCAAUGGCCUUUUCAGUGGCACGAAGAGCUGCAGCUGUACCACUGUUGCUAGUUAAUGGAACUUACAGGAAAUCUGUCCGUACCUAUCUCGAUUCCUCCAUUGUUCAGCAUCAGUUGCAGAGACUGAAUGAUCAUGGCUCACUAAAAGGAAAGCUUGCCCAUAGCCGGUCUACACUAGAAGUUCCAAUUUUUUGGUUCAUUCAUGGUGAACCAUUGUUGGUGGACAAGCAUUAUCAGGCAAAGGCUCUUUAUGAUAUGGUUAUUGUUGUUCAGUCAGAGCCUUCAUCCUGGGAAAGCCAUCUGCAAUGUAAUGGGCAGCCACUUUUGUGGGAUUUGAGGAGGCCCAUCAAAGCUGCUUUGGCUGCUGCUUCUGAACAUCUAGCUGGUUUGCUUCCCCUUCAUCUAGCUUACAGUCAAGCCCAUGAAACUGCAAUUGAGGACUGGAUGUGGUCAGUCGGAUGCAACCCGUAUUCCAUCACUUCUCAAGGCUGGAACAUUUCACAAUUUCAGUCUGAUACAAUUGCUCGGAGCUAUAUUAUCACGACUCUGGAAGAGUCAAUACAAAUGGUCAAUUCAGCCAUUCAUCUUCUAGUCAUGGAGCAUACAACUGAAAAAACCUUUGAACUUGUUCAGUCUCAGGAGGGCGAGCUAGUUAACAAGUAUAAUUAUGUUGUCAGCCGGUGGAAAAGUAUAUCAACUGUUACGGGAGAAUUGCGAUAUGCGGAUGCCAUGAGACUUCUAUAUACCUUAGAGGAUGCCUCAAAAGGGUUUGUAGAUAAAGUAAAUACAACCAUCGCUGUUCUCCACCCAAUCCACUGCACAAGAGAGAGAAAAGUGCACGUGGUGUUUAAUUUGAGUACGAUUCCUGCUUACUUGGUUGUGCUUGGUGUACUGUAUCUUGUAUUAAGGCCAAGACGACCAAAGCCAAAAAUCAAUUGAAAAUCCUGCAAAUGUGAUCUAUGGUACAAUCGGCAAAGGAUUCUGGAGAUGCUGUUGAGGAGAGUGGUUUCUAACAUAUCCCUGUGGCUAGUUUGCGGCAGUGCAUCAUCUAUAUGUCCAAGUGAUGAGUGAAGAGCAGAAUUUACUGAAACGGUGACCAGGUCCGAAAUCAGGUGACUUUUGAAGUAGUAAAACCUCUUGUCCCUUGCAACUAUAGCUGACAGUGCAAUUUACUCAAAGUAGCCUAUGUAAUCAUUUGGUCUCUGAGCUCUAAUUUGUAUCUCUCAAGGUUGUGCCUUGUGCGAUACGGAAACUGAAAUUUAGCUUGCCAUAACAUGUUUUACGGUCGGCAAAGAGGAAAGAGGUUGAUUGAAUAUUUGUGAUAACUUGCGAAGAGGAAAUGUAUUUGUGAUUAAAGCUCACGUGUUUGUUUUGUAUUCUAUAAAAAAGAUAUUAUCACAAAUAAAAGGUAUAAUUUGUGUCA